AUCCCACCUGCCCAGAUCCGCCGCCACUUUCCCCUUGCUCUCCGUGCCCAACCAACCAUGCCGCGCCCCUGAUCCAAAAAAAAUCCCUCUCGGCCUCCCCACCUCAAGCUCCUACCAGAUCACCACGCCGUCUCGCGAGCGCCCAAGCCCCUCGAUCCAACCAUCCAGGAGGACGCCGCCAUGGGCACCAGGCACCAACUCCCCGAUGAACGUCGCCAUGGCCGCCGCGUCGACUUUGUCUCCACCAAAGCCCCGCCGACGACCAGCACCCGACGCCGGCAAGCAGCAGCAGCAGCUCCCGCAUCCCCUCAUUCCCGAGCACGUCGAACCGUCGCCUCGUAAUUCCCGUGCCGAAGCACCACCUCGCGCGUCUCCGUCCUCGAGCAGGAGGUCGACCUGCUGCCAGCGACCGCGCCCUCCGACGACCUCCACCGCCCAGGGCCCCGGCGACCUCUCCGUCCUGGCCUCCUCCGCCGCACCGGCGAGCGCGACGCGGGAGCACCGCAGGUCGCCUCGCGCGCCAAGUUCGCCUUCGCCGCUCUCCCGCAUCGCCGCUGCCGCCUCGAACCUCUCCUGCUUCGGCCUCCAAGUCCCGCUGCGCAGUCCCGCGCCGUCGCCUCCUCUGCAUCGAGCGGGAGGACGAAGAGAAGUGCCUCCCCUGCACCCGAGCUCCCCCUGACCUGAGGCCGCCGUCCUCGCCCCCGCGGUGGUUCUGCGCCUUGCUGUCGCGCCGCCGCAAUGGUGGAUGCUGCCUUCUUCAGCUUGCCCGCAAGCCGUCGCCGGACCCGCCUCCAUCGGCCUCCGUUCGGCAUGCCGCCGCCGGGACCUGCUCGCCGCCUCACUGACCCGCCGCCUCCCUGCUGCCAAGUCACAGCACGCGCCAGCGAAGACUCUGCCUGCAGUGCGCCGCUUUGUUCGUUCUCUGCCGCAUCAAGGAGAUGCUCGAUCUGGCCCCGUUGACCGCGAGCGUCGGCUGGGUCAUAGCCGAGCCAGGCCCAGCGGCCUCCCCUCCAACUCCUGGGCUGAAGCCCAUGGUGAGGGCACCCCGCGCCCCUCCUUUUUUUCUCUCUUUCCCUCCUGUUGGGCCAGCCUGCUGUGUUUCGGCCCAUAGACGUUUUUUUCCGUUCUGCGAAUUUAUCAUUUUUUUCCUGUGCAUGCAUAAUUACAGAAAAUGCCCUUGUUUCAAAUUGUUAAUAACUAAAAAACCGUGCAUCGGCUUAAAAUGA